UCUGGCGCCAUCUUGGAGAUUCAUUUCACGGGGACACGUGUUACAAACUCACCGGCUACAAUUCUCAAAUCGCAAUAUGUGCUGUAAAGUAAGUAAUUAAGAAGUCAAUCAAUGAAUUCUUUUUUAUUAGUUUAAUAUAUGGUUUGAUUUCUCCUGUUAGUAACGUCUGCCUCUUCGCAUAAUCCAGCUCAAGGACAAGAAUGAUGCUAUCUGCCACCGGUGAUUGUUUAAAACGAAUUCUGGGAAACUGAGAAAUGACCCUCGUGUAUUCGCCAUCCAGCGCAUCAUUACUUUAAUAAAGCGAAUAUCUUUCCAGAAGCGUUCGGCUAUUCGCUAGCAUUGAUAAUUAUCGUCGAUGGUUUAAUGCAUAACCAUUCUUCUUUUUUUUAAAUCCUUUUCUCUACUUGUCGCUUUCAUUUCCGUGUCAGUUCUUGUAUUGCGUUUCUUCACACCGUCCGAAUCUUAGAUCACUCCCCACUUGUGGGUACGUUCCAUGAAAGAGCUCAUCAUCAUGUUCGUCAUCAAGUCGCGGUGAUGUCCCCAAGAGACGUCGGCACGGUUAGCCUUCCGUGCUUCGCUCCAGGAAGGAGGCGUACUGCUUGACUAGGGAGGCCGUUCAGGCCGACCUUGGGGCAUUCGCAUGCUCAGCCCCACCACCGAUACCUAAAGGCACCAGAGAUGGAAGGAGAGGUCCCGGCAGACCAGGAACAGCAGCAACGGCAGCCAGAGCCUUCCUCCGUCGACCCGAAACCACGUGUCAUCGACGCCACUGCUGCUGAAGUACCUGGCAAGACACUCGAGGUAGCAGACGACGACAGUCAGGUGAUGGCCGACUGUUGCGAGCAGGCGGUGGAAGCCGUCCUGCAGGGAAUGGAGGCCAACCAGGAGUGGGAGGUGCUGCGCGCCAUCAUGGACGGCGAGGAGGAGGACGAGGCGCAGGACGAAGGCGAAUGGGACGCCGCGGACGCCGAGGAGGCCAAGACGCAGCGGAGCCUUCAUGCGAGCGCCUGCUGCAAGGGCCACCCGCCGUCGGUCGGCAGCGUGCGACCCUGCCAGAUGAGUGCGUACACGCGCCUCGACAACGCCGUCACGCCCAUCAUUCUGGCCUGCAUCCUCUCGUUCGUGGUCCAACCCCUGCUGAUGCUGCUGCACAAAAUGGCGCUGCGGGUUUUCCCGUCACCCCUGAGACUGCUGGUAGGCCUCGAGGUGCCUUCGUUGAUCGUGAUCAAGACGUUCCUCUUCGUCCUGCCCGUGGGGGUUGUGUCGCUGUUCGUCGAGGAGAUGCGUGAAGCGGAGGACGCCGUCUUGACCACCGUCGCAUUCCUGAUCAGACUGCUCGUCAACGUCCUGCUGAUCGUCUCCAGGAGCGGCAACGUUCCCCUGCUAGUGACUUUCUUCGAGAGAAUGUUGGUGCGCGUCGUCCUCACGGUGUUGCUGUACACUUACGAGGGAUACAGCAAGUACCUGUUCUGCCAGCCGCGCACGCUGACCGGCCUGUACGCGCCGGUGAAGUGCGUGCUGCCGUCGUGGUGCAAGCAAGCACUGGCAGGGCGAGAUCCGGAGGACACGUUCCGGAGGGCCUCCUGCCUCUACCAGAAGAUCUCCAUGUCUGACGAAGGCGCGAUGCUACAGUCCCACCACCUGGAGUACGGCCACCGACUGAACCACUUCGCGCGCGACAACGCGAUCGGCGCCUGCGUUUGGGUCUCCGCCAUGGUCCUGUCGCUGCUGAUGACCUGGGACAUGGCCAAGACCUUGUGCGCGGACGUGGCAGCUACUUGGCGCUUCUGCGGCCGCUGCUGGGGGCAACGCAGCGCCGGAUUGAGCUGGAGAGACGCCUUCAGCAUCGCGGCGCAGACGACGCUCGGCGAAGUGUCCGAGCACGACGAGACGACAACUAGCGGUUCCUCCGGCCAGACGUCUUCCUGCAAGAUGUACUCCUGCCAGACGUCCCCCUGCCAGACGUCUUUGGGCCAGACGUUCUCCGGUCAGACGUCCUCCUGCCAGACGUCCUCCUGCAAGACGUCUUCCGGUCAGACGUUCUCCGGCCAGACGUUCUCCGGCCAGGCAUACUCCCGCCAGAUGUAUUCCUGCGAAGCCGGAGUCUCGGGAGAACAGAUACCGCGGCCUUCGUUCAAAGUUCGGUGAUGAGCGAGCACAAGACAGUGACUGUUGCACAGUUCCUGGAGGAAGAACCCACAAGCAUGUGCUGGACGUAAAGGUUAUGGCGUAAUGCGUAAAAUUCAGCCUAUGUGACAUGAACCCUCUGUGCCAUUCUUGGUUCCACCGAGGCCACGGACAGUUCCGCAGAAGCCUUACAGGCGGUCGUCCUGAUUGAUUUGGCAUUUCUAAAGAUGAUUUCAUCUGCUCAUUUUUAUCGUUAUGUCUGCAUAAAUCCAAGCUAACCGCUUGAACAUCAACCAAGAUCUCAGCUGUUCGUACUCCUGACAUCACUGUAUUCGUUCUUCUGUCUCGACUAGGCGCGGACCCA